UUCAAUCGAAUUUGAAUUGUUUGUUUUGUUUUCUCAAGUUUGUCAGUUGCUUUUUUCUUCUAAAAUAUCGAACCAAAUAGAGAGCAAAAGAAAGAAUGAUGAACGCUUGUUAUAUUUAUAAUUUGCUAUUCUCUUUUUCUAUUUAUAUGGUCAUUGUUGAGAGUGAUGAUCGUGUCCUAUUGAAGGAUAUUCAAGCAUUAACAUUUCAGUCUGGCACUUCAACCAAAUCGCGACGAUCAUCGCCAAUUCAACAAUUAACAUGUACCGGUGGUGGCCAUUGUGACAGUGUCCAACUAUCAACAGUUCAAUGUUAUAACCGUGGAUCGGAUGGUCAAUCUAUACAAUGGGAAUGUAAAGCCGAUAUGCCCAACAGAUAUAAAUUCGGACAAUUGGAUGUUUCCUGCGAAGGUUAUGAUUCACCCGAAGACGAAUACAUUUUGGCUGGUUCCUGUGGCCUACGAUAUACCAUUGUAGAUCGUGAAGGUGGUGGCGGUGGCGGUGGCGGUGGCGGUGGCGGCGGUGGAGGUGGUGGUGGCGGUGGUGGUCCUGGUCAAACGACCCCCGGGCCAAAUGCCGGAUACUAUUCCACUAUAACGAUAAUAAUAUUUGUAUUGAUAGCACUAGUCUGUUGUUUUUGUAUGUGUCGAAAUCCGGGUUCAUUAGGUGGUGCGUGUGUUGGCGGUAUUCUGGGUUAUUUAUGUGGUUUAGGUGAUGCAAGUCGAAAUCGAUCGAGAUCACCAUUUGGGGAUAGAAGAUCAAGCCGCGGUGGUGGAUUUUUAGAUAAUAGUACCAGUAUUGGAGAAUCGGUUGGUUUUGCAUCCAGUUCUCGACGAUAA